CACCAGUGAGUAAAGCUGCUUGGUCUGGCGUUAGAGAUGCACUGGCGGUAGGAUCGAUGUGUCCUCAACUUGACAACAAUGAAGCGUCUGGGGACGAGGACUGCCUCUACCUGAAUGUCUUUGGUCCAGAGACAGCCCUGCAGAAAGAAGAACUUAAACCUGUAAUGGUAUGGAUCCACGGUGGAUGUUUCACAUCAGGCUACGGUCAGGGCGCGACACCUAAUUACUACGUGGACCAAGACGUCAUCCUCGUCAGCAUAAACUAUCGUCUCGGACUCCUGGGUUUCCUAAGCACAGGGGACGAAGUCGUCCCAGGAAACAUGGGCCUUAAAGACCAGACAGAAGCACUUCGCUGGGUACAGAGGAACAUAGCAGCGUUUGGUGGUGACGCACAAAAAGUAACCAUUUUCGGCCAAAGCGCUGGAGGAGCCUCGAUUCAUUAUCACGUCGUAUCUCCGCUGAGCACGGGUCUGUUCAAGAACGCAAUUUCGAUGAGUGGGUCAUCGUUGAAUCCAUGGGCAUUUUCCAGAAAUGCAACAGACAGAGCAAUUCGAUUUGCUCAACAUUUGGGAUACACAGGGAAAACUUCAAGUGAUCUUGUAAAUUUUCUGAAAAAUGUGGAUCCCUCAACGCUAAUAAUGGAUCAAAAGGUGGCUCUUUCGGAAGAGGACAGCAAAACAUUGUUCACCUGUGUUUGGGUGCCCAGUGCAGAGCCGGUAAACGAUGGGGCUUUUCUGACGGAAGAGCCGUGGACAGCUUUGUCGGAAGGGCGCUACAAUCUGGUUCCCUUCAUGGCUGGCAACACUGACCUAGAGCGAGUUGGACACACUCAGCCUGGAGGUUCAUUAUCCACGGAGGCCAAAAUAGAGAACCUGAACGAGAACUUUGGCGAAAUUGUGGGCUGCGAUCUACGACUUCCAACGAAGGAAGAGCGUGUGGAAGGGGCAGAGUCCGUCAAAAAAUUCUACUAUAACGGCAGCGACAUCACACUCAAGGACAACUACACCACCGCUCUGUUCGACUCACACCUUUUCUUCGUGGAGGGAGUGGACGCCGCCAUCAGGAGCAUGUCCCGGUUGACCUCGCAGCCUGUCUACUACUACCAGUUUUCGUUCGUCGGUCCCCUCAGCGCGUAUCCUGGCGGCCCAGGAGCAGCACAUGCCGAUGAUGUGCACUACAUGUUCACAUCGCCCAUGGCUCUGGAUCCUGAUACGGAUGGGGGUAUUAUCAGAGCUCAGAUGAUAGAAAUGUGGGCUAAUUUUGCCAAAUAUGACAAUCCAACGCCGGAACAGACUUCGCUGCUGACGGAGACGUGGAAGGAGUACGACGAAUCUACCCCAUACUACCUGGAGAUAACGAGACCUCUUCGCCUUAAAACAAACUUGUUUGAGCCGUACAUGAACUUCUGGCUGAACCUGCUGCCGUCGUAAACACACAUCAGAUUUAAGCGUUGUGUGAAUGUAACAAUUCAGUAUGAGUUGUUGG